CAUCCGGGGAUCUGAGGAGAGGGAGCCGGAUGAUCCUGUCACUCUGUCUCACAGUCCGGUGAGAGCAGAGGACUCAUGCUGUCCUCCAGAACACACUCUCACUCUCACACACUCACUCACUCUCACACACACUCACACUCACUCACACUCACUCAGAGUGUGACGGGGCUCAGCAGUGAGGACGCAGACGAGCACCAGAACCACGAACGGAGAACUCACCAGGAUUUUUCUCUCUUUCUCCUGAGGAGCUGAGAAUAACCCUGGUGGGAGGAAGAUGGCAGAAGGAGGAGAGGGAGAGGAGGAGAUCCAGUUCCUGCGAACGGAUGACCAGGUGGUUCUGCAGUGCACCGCCUCGGUCCUGAAGGAGCAGCAGAUCAAACUGUGUCUGUCCUGCGAGGGCUUCGGGAACCGGCUCUGCUUCUUGGAAACCACGUCCAACGCUCAGAAUGUGCCGCCCGACCUGGCCAUCUGCACCUUCAUCCUGGAGCAGUCCCUGUCGGUCCGAGCUCUGGUGGAGAUGCUGGCAAACACCGUGGAGAUGACCGAGUCUUCUCAAGGUGGAGGCCAUCGCACCUUACUGUACGGCCAUGCCAUCCUUCUGAGACACCACCACUCGGGCAUGUACCUGAGCUGUUUGACUACGUCUCGAUCCCUCACCGACAAGCUGGCCUUCGACGUGGGCUUACAGGAAGAUUCCACAGGUGAGGCAUGCUGGUGGACCAUUCAUCCAGCCUCGAAGCAGAGAUCAGAAGGUGAAAAGGUCAGGGUGGGUGAUGACCUCAUUCUUGUCAGCGUGUCGUCUGAGAGAUACCUGCAUCUGUCCUACGCGAGCGGAGAUCUGAUGGUGGACGCCUCCUUCAUGCAAACCCUUUGGAACAUGAAUCCCAUUAGCUCAGGAUGUGAACUGGCCGAGGGGUAUCUGACCGGCGGUCACGUUCUCCGGUUGUUCCACGGCCACAUGGACGAGUGUCUGGCCAUCCCCACUCCAGAGGAGGGGGAGGAGAAGCGCAGGACGGCUCACUAUGAAGGCGGCGCCGUGUGCAGUCAGGCCCGGUCCCUCUGGAGGCUGGAGCCCCUCAGAAUCAGUUGGAGCGGCAGCCACAUGAAAUGGGGCCAGUCUUUCCGUAUUCGACACAUCACAACGGGUCGGUACCUGUGUCUGGACGAGGACAAGGUCCUGAACGUGGUCGACCCGGAGAAGGCCAACACCAAAAUGUCUGCGUUCAGCUUUCGUGUUUCAAAGGAGAAGGUCGAUGUGGCCCAGAAGAGGGACGUUGAAGGGAUGGGCAUUCCGGAGAUAAAGUACGGAGAGUCCAUGUGUUUUGUCCAACACGUGUCCACCGGCCUGUGGGUCACCUACGCUGCUCUGGAUGCUAAAGCUGCUCGUUUAGGAAUGAUGAAGAGGAGGGUGAUUCUGCAUCAGGAGGGUCACAUGGACGACGCUCUGACCGUGUCCCGGUCCCAGUCCGAGGAGUCGCAGGCUGCUCGGAUGAUUUACAGCACCACGGGUCUCUUCAGGCACUUCAUCAAUGGACUGGACUCGUUGAGCGGGAAGAACAAGUCUCCAGGUCCGGUGUCGCUCCCUCUGGAAGGUGUCGUCCUCUCUCUUCAGGAUCUCAUCUUCUACUUUCGUCCGCCGGAGGAGGAACUGGAGCACGAGGAGAAACAGACCAAACUCCGCUCUCUACGCAACCGGCAGAACCUCUUCCAGGAGGAGGGAAUGAUCACCAUCGUGUUGGAGUGCAUCGACCGUCUGAACGUCUACAACACCGCCGCUCACUUCUCCGAGUUCGCCGGCGAAGAGGCGGCCGAGUCCUGGAAGGAGAUCGUCAACCUCCUUUACGAGCUGCUGGCUUCACUCAUCAGAGGGAACCGCUCCAACUGUGCGCUGUUCUGUGACAACCUGGACUGGUUGGUCAGUAAACUGGAUCGCCUGGAGGCCUCCUCGGGAAUUCUGGAGGUUCUGUACUGUGUUCUGAUUGAAAGCCCCGAGGUUCUGAACAUCAUUCAGGAGAACCACAUCAAAUCCAUCAUCUCUCUUCUGGACAAACACGGACGGAACCACAAGGUUCUGGACGUGCUGCGCUCCCUGUGCGUGUGUAAUGGUGUAGCUGUGAGGUCCAACCAGAACCUCAUCACAGAAAACCUGCUGCCGGGUCGAGACCUGCUGCUGCAAACCAACAUCGUCAACUACGUCACCAGCGUGAGACCGAACAUCUUCCUGGGUACCUGUGAGGGCUCCACUCAGUAUAAGAAGUGGUACUACGAGAUGAUCGUGGACUACGUGGAGUCCUUCGUGACGGCGCAGGCGACCCACCUGAGGGUGGGCUGGGCUAUGACCGAGGGCUACAGCCCCUACCCCGGCGGCGGAGAGGGCUGGGGAGGCAAUGGGGUGGGAGAUGACCUCUACUCUUACGGCUUUGACGGGUUGCAUUUAUGGUCAGGUACGGUGGCUCGGCAGGUGGCCUCGCCCAGCGCUCACACGCUCGCUGCAGACGACGUGGUCAGCUGCUGCCUGGAUCUGAGCGUGCCCAGUAUCUCCUUCCGCAUCAACGGCCAUCCGGUUCAGGGCAUGUUUGAGAACUUCAACGUGGACGGGCUCUUCUUCCCGGUCAUCAGCUUCUCCGCUGGAGUCAAGGUCCGGUUCCUCCUCGGUGGACGACAUGGAGACUUUAAGUUCAUGCCCCCGCCAGGCUACGCCCCGUGUUACGAGGCGGUGCUGCCGAAGGACAGGAUGCGCAUUGAACCCAUCAAGGAGUACAAGCACGACUUCAACGGGGUCCGAAACCUUCUGGGUCCGACCCAGUCCCUCACCCACACCUCCUUCACCCCCUGCCCUGUGGACACUGUCCAGAUUGUGUUGCCGCCCCACCUGGAACGAAUCCGAGAGAAGCUGGCAGAGAACAUUCACGAGCUUUGGGCGGUCACUCGCAUCGAGCAGGGUUGGACCUACGGGAGUUUCAGGGACGACAACAAGAAACUUCACCCCUGUUUGGUGGACUUCCAAAGUCUGCCUGAACCGGAGAGGAACUACAACCUGCAGAUGUCAGGAGAAACUCUCAAGACGCUGCUGGCUUUGGGCUGCCAUGUUGGAAUGGGAGAUGAGAAAGCAGAAGAGAAUCUGAAGAAGAUCAAGCUGCCCAAGACCUAUGUGAUGAGCAGCGGCUACAAGCCCGCCCCCCUCGACCUUAACCACGUCAAACUGACGCCGAACCAGAACCAGCUUGUAGAAAAACUGGCCGAGAAUGGGCACAACGUUUGGGCGAGGGACCGAGUCCGACAAGGGUGGACCUACAGCAUCGUUCAGGACAUUGUGAACAAGCGAAACCCUCGUUUGGUGCCGUACAACCUGCUGGACGAGAGAACCAAGAAGACGAACCGCGACAGUGUUAACAACGCCGUCCGCACCCUCAUCGGCUACGGCUACAACAUCGAGCCUCCGGACCAGGAGAGCACCGGCCACGGCACGGAGAACACCCGCGGGGACAAAGUACGGAUCUUCAGGGCGGAGAAGUCGUACGCUGUCACUCAGGGGAAAUGGUACUUUGAGUUUGAGGCGGUGUCAACUGGAGAGAUGAGAGUGGGCUGGGCCCGUCCCAACGUCCGCUCAGACACCGAACUGGGAGCGGAUGAACUCGCCUACGUCUUUAACGGCAACAAGGCUCAAAGAUGGCACGUUGGCAACGAGCCGUUCGGUCGGCAGUGGCAGUCGGGCGACGUCGUCGGUUGUAUGAUCGACCUGACGGAGAUGAACAUCAUGUUCACGCUCAACGGAGAAAUGCUCAUCAGCGACUCGGGCUCAGAGAUGGCUUUCAAGGACAUCGAAAUUGGUGAAGGUUUCAUCCCGGUGUGUGCCCUCGGCCUGUCUCAGGUCGGAAGGAUCAAUCUGGGCCAGAACGUCAGCAGCCUGAGAUAUUUUGCCAUUUGUGGGCUGCAGGAAGGAUUUGAACCGUUUGCCAUCAACAUGAAGCGUGACAUCACCAUGUGGUUCAGCAAAAGUCUGCCCCAGUUUGUCCCCGUGCCCACCGACCACAAUCACGUCGAGGUGUCUCGUGUGGAUGGAACCGUGGACAGCGCCCCCUGUCUGAAGCUAACUCAUAAGACAUUCGGGUCUCAGAACGCCAACACGGACAUGAUGUUCCUUCGCCUCAGCAUGCCCGUCCAGUUCCACGAGACCUUCAAGGUCCCAGCGGGGACCACCCCUCUCACCCGAGCCCUCACCAUACCCGAGGAGGAGGUGGUCGUGGUGGAGCCGGACUCCGAGUUUGAAGUUUUAAAGAAGUCUGCCAGUCGUAAGGAGCAGGAAGAUGAGAAGAAUGAGCCGUCUGUACCGAAGGAGAUGUCGGUGGAAAACGAGAAGGACGCCUUGUCUGAAAAGGGGAAGAAGAAAGGGUUCUUCUCGAAAGCCAAAAAGGCGGCCAUGACACCUCUGGCCCCUCCUCCUGCCCCUCCAACGGUGCCUCGCUUAGUGGAAGACGUGGUUCCUGAUGACAGGGACGAUCCUGAGAUCAUCCUCAGCACCACCACCUAUUUCUACUCCAUGAGGAUCUUCGCUGGUCAGGAGCCCUCCUGUGUUUGGGUCGGCUGGGUCACCCCUGACUUCCACCAGUUUGACCCCAGCUUUGACCUGUCCAAGGUGCGCUGCGUCACCGUCACCGUGGGGGACGAUAAAGGCAACAUACACGACAGUAUGAAGCACAGCAACUGCUACAUGGUGUGGGGAGGGGACCUGGUCAGCAACCAGCAGACCCGCUUCAGUCAGGAAGACAUGGUGGUCGGCUGCCUGAUCGACUUGGCGACUGGUCUCAUGACUUUUACAGCAAAUGGGAAAGAGAUCAACACCUUCUACCAG